AUGGCAAGUCGCAAAUCAGAAUAAUUCCAAAUAACCUAAAAUACUCGGGUGCGAAAUAUAGUAAUCGAUACAUAGCGAGAUGAUAUUAUGGGAGAUGAUGGAGGUUACGAUGCAUCAUCAUUUACUCAGGAUUUCAUUAUUAGCAAUAACUAUUUGGAUGGGGGAAAUGAACCUUAAGAUGAUGGGAAUGAGGAAAUGAGGGUUGAAGAUGCUGAUGAUGAAGAGUUUGAAAGUAUAAUAAGAGACAAGAGAUAGUCAUCGAAGAGGGAGAACCAAAGUUUUAAAGGAUCAUUUCUAAUUAACAAUAAUUUGAAAGAUAGUAGAGUUAGCACCAGUAGCAAUAAAUAAUAGGAUUUUGUUGUCAAAAGCACUCAUGAAAAUCAAUUUGAUAUCCUCUAAUAAUUAGAGGAUAAAGAAGAAAAACUUGAAACCAAUGAUGUAGACUAUAUGGAUCGAUUCUUUGAAGAAAAGCUAAAAAAUAACAGGCAGAGAAAUAGAAGGACGUCUCCAGUCAACUAUAAAUCUGGUAAAGACCAAAAAAGGAUUAGCCACGCAAUUUAAGAAUAGAUCUAGCACGACCUUGAAAAGCACAUGCUUGAUGGGGAUUUCAGCAUUAAUUCAAUCAAGAAAAAUGCUGAUAAAAAGAGAAUGACAGUGCAUAUGGGCAGGGAAGAUAUGCAAAAAAGAAUGGAUAAAUUAUUUGCUCACGAUGAGGAAGAUCAGAAACAGCAGGACUGUAUAUCUGAGAAAAAGAGUGAUAACGAUUAUAAAGGAUUCAAGGAAGCAGAUUAAAGUUCAAGCAGUGGUUCAGAUUUAGAUUUAAAAAAAGUUGAGAUAAAGAAAUAGGAAGUUGAUUUGGAGCCAGAUGUAUUGAGUUUGAAUGAGGAUAAUUUGGAUGAGUAAGAUGAUCCUAAUUAAUAUCUAGAUGACAUAAUUAAAAAGCAUAGAGAAGCUAUUGAAGCUAAAGAUGGAGGGGGAAAUUCAUUCUUAGAAUCAGCAUUGGACAGUUAAGAUCCUCAACUUUUGCAAAUGCGAGAAUUAAGAGAUUCAAUCGUGAAAUCUGUUACUAAUAUUCUAACCACUAAUACAGAGGAUACUGAGUAAUUGGAAGACGAGAAGAAAAAGAUUACAGAUGAGGUUUUAAGGAUAAAAUACAAUGACGACUAUAGCAAAGAUUUCUACCUAGGAAUGCAUCAAGAUGUUCUAAUGAGAGAAAUGAGCCCCAAAAGUAAAAAACGAACUGAGAUAAUUCAAAGAUUAACUAAAGAUGAAUGGGACUAUAAAGACAUCAUUAAAAUAAUUGAUUGGAAUGAGAGAAGGCAUAGAGAGGUCGCUUAAGAGCACAUCAAAUAAAAUAGCGUCAUUUCUCUGCAAAAUGUCUCUACAAAAGAUAUCAAGAUAAGAAUUCUGUCAUAGUUUUAAACAAUGAAUUCACUCUCGAAUAAAAUGCUUAAAGAGUAAAAGUUCUCGUAAUCGUAAGCCACUUGUAUUGCUUUAACUGAUUCACUUGUUUUGAUUGGCAACUCAGAAGGACAACUUUGGAUGUUUGAUAGAGAUACAGAGGAAGAAUAUUCAAAUUUUAGUGAAAAAUCUAAGGAUUUCCUUGGCAAUGCAGUUGUGUCAAUGGAUGUUCAUCCUUUAAGACCUGAAUAUGUCAUUCUGGGCUAUGAGAGAGGGCAAUUAGUCUUGAUUGACAUAUAAGAGCCUAAAAAAUCAGUAAAAGUUAUUAAAGAUCAUCAUAAAGUCCCGAUUAUGAAUGUCAAAUUUUGUGAUUGGCAAGGGGACUCAGGUAUUUUUUCUGGCAAAAAAGAUGAAGCUGCAUUAGAAGAUAAAUAAGCAUGGAUGUUUAUUUCAAUAGAUUAGCAAGGUAGAGUACUUAUAAAUACAAUCACCAAAGUAUUAUUUGUGCUCAAAGCAUCUAAGCACACAAUUAUCGAUCCAAGUAAAUAUGAUGGAGUUAUCUAUGCAUCUUUAGCUUGCAGAUUUUAGUAAGCUUAAUAUUUAUUAUCAUGUUUUAGAUCUAAUUACCAUGGCAAACAUCCUCUCGAUGAUGUUUCUAUUAUUGCAUUGGGAAACGCUGAACAUGUUUAGAUAAUAGAAGCGAAGCAAAGUAAGCAUUAGGAACUUGUUACAUACAUGAGACCUAUGAAAUUUUUUAACAAAAAAAUAUAAGAGUUUACCAAAAUUUAGGCGAAAGUUCCUUCACUAUCAUGGGGAUAUGGCCAAUCACCAGCAAUUUAAGAUCGUCCACAUUCAAUUUUAGCGAUAGCAUGGGGUCCUCUAAUCUAGUUAAUUGUUCUUUUUGACAAUGAAGGAGCUAACCAGCAUUAGCCAUUUAUUACAGAUGGAUAUUAUAUAAUUAGGAAUUUCGGUUUAGAUGCAAUUUCAAAUGUAAAGCAUCCUGGGUCUUUCUCAAGAAGAGGGACAAUGUCAAGAAUGAGUGACCUUUAAAAUUAGUCUAUUUAGGCAGCUGCAGGAAGUUAAAGUAACCCUUUGAGAAUGCAAAAGUAAAAAUCAGACUUGUUUGAAUUCGAAGAUGAAUCCGCAACAAAGGAAACUGAAAACUUUGAAUAAGCAUUUCAGUCUAUAGAAGAGCUGCAAUAACAUGAUUCGGACGCAUUUCUUGAGCCAAGCCUAGAUAUUGAGCAAAUAUAGUUCUUUUCAGAUAGUACACUUCUCAUAGUCACAAAAGUUUAGGAGAUUAGAAUUUUAAAUAUUUCUGCAUUCAUACCUAACACUUAUGAUCCAGAUGAAGAAAAGGUGAAGUUUGAAAGAGAGCUGAAGAGGAAAAGAAGAGUGACUAAAAAAUCAAAUAAACUAGAGGAACUAACUCAAUCUGUGGAGCUUGAAUAUGGAUUGAGGAUUUCUUCAUAAUUAUAGCAGUCUGAAUAUGGAUGUCUAUAUCAUUAGACUAUCAAAUUUUUUAAAGGAAAGAUUGUUGCGCUAACAAUUAAAAAUGUAUAGCAAUGCCAGCAUUUGACUUGGCAGUAGAGUAUUUAUGAAUUCAAAAAAGUAGUAGAAGAUGAUUUAGUGUAGGUAUUCUCAAGAGCAUUGGAUAUUUAUAAAGGCAAUGUAAAAGGCUAUUCAGGUCUCCCAGAUAGUAUAGUUCUGAGGGAAAAAAAGCUUAAAGAUGAGAUUAAACUUCUUGUGAGAGAGAUUAUCCAGCAAGUAAUAUCCAAAACCAGACAAGGUGCGAGCAUGCUUAGAAGAGAGACUGGAUCAGUUUAGAAAAAUAAGUCAAAUAUUAAUGAAUAGUAAGCAACUCUUAUUUAAAGCCUUUAAGAUCAGGACUUCAAAGAUGAAAAAGCGAUAAAGUAUCAAACACUAAUCAGGAUUGCUAUAGAGUUCUGUGUGGAGCUCAAAGACUAAAAGUUCCUAUUCUAUGACCUAUUUAUUCUUUUCAAAGAGGAAAAAUUAGAAGAUGCUUUUAUUCAUGAACUUGAGCCAUUUAUUAUGGCAGGAAAAUUUUAGGAGUGGGAGCUACCAAAUGAAGUCAUAUAAAAUCACGUAUUAAAAUAUUACAAAGAUAGUCAAAAAGCAGAAGCAUUAGAAAGAAUCAUAGUAAAUCUAAACUUAGCUUAGUGUCCCAAAACUAUUGUCCUUGAGUUCAUUCAUUAUAGUGAGUAAAAUUUCUUGACUACUGCAAUCCUUUACCUUUACUCUUAGGUAUUUGAGAAAAAAGAUAUCUUGUUUUCAUUAUUUGAUCUUUAUAAGAAAGCGGGUAAAAAGAAUCAAGGGCUACUAAUAGACAUAUAAAAUCUUAAGGAGUUUCCAUACAACAGUAAAGAGAAGGAGAAAGUAGAAAAAUCUCAAGUCUACCUAGGCUAUAAGAUACUCUGGGUGAUAAGAAUGUUCCUUAAUGGUCUUAAGUUUCCAUAUGGAACUAUUAAGACAAGCAGCUGGAGAACAUACAUUCAUGAUAUUAUUGAGCUUCUUCAAUCCCAUGACAUCCUUAAGGUGCUUUUAGAGAUAGAUGCAGACGCCUUCUUUCAAACUAUAUCCAUUCUGUUUUAUCCUAGUAAACCAUGUGAGCUUUAUGAUCAAGGAAGAGAUGAACCAAAUGAAGCUGAUUUAAAUUAGUAAUAGCAAGUAUAUUUGGCUUAGAAAGUAAGUAAUCACGCUCUCUUGGUAAAAAGUUUGGAUCAAUGCUGCAUGAAUAUACUGACUAAGGAUAGUAUCAAGCACUAGUAUAUUUUCUAUGCAGCCAGUGUAAUUGCGAAAUCAUACAUAAGAGGGCUUGAUAACUUAUACUACUACAACUUAGCUAGAGAAGUACUCCAGUAGUAUAAGAGAUAUUUAGAAUAUAAUAAAAAGUUGCAGACUACAUUCGAUUAGAAAAAUGCUGGUGUGAAUGAGAAAUUGAACAAGUAUAGAAAGUUCAAGAUGAUUUACUAAGACUUACCUGAGUUCAGAUAUAUAGUAAAGGCAGAAGGCGACAUCAUGAAUCUUAUAGAAAAAAGUGAGCCAAUGGAUAAUUUCUAAAUUAUGGAGCUAUCUAAAUUAGCUGAACCUACCUAAUUCAAUCAAGUCAAAGUUUUAUUAAUGGAAAAAAGAGAGGACUACUUGAAAUGCUUGAUGAUGUUUAUUAACGAAUUUAAAAUCAACCAAAUUUGGACUUUUGAAGUUUAAUCCAGAAAAGUUAUCAGAUGGGUGAGAGAAAAAAUUAUUUUCCUUUAAGAUAAAGCUUCCUAAAGCUAGUAUGACAAGAACGUUUAUGAACAAUUCAAAAGAGAAGUUUAAUAAAAUAUUGGCAAAAUAUUACCAAUGAAUCCUACUGAGACAAUCGAGCUAGUUGAUGAGUUCUAUGAAUAAUAGCAUAAAGAAAUGGUUGAUUUUCUCUACAGAGAACCUGAGUUACAACUAAAAUAUUUGGAUACACUAUUAAGGAUCAAAGAGCAUGCCAUUGAAAAAACUAUUAAAAAUCAUGGACUCUAGUCCAAUAAUACCAAAGAUGCUAAGAAGUAUAUAGAGUUGCUUAAGCUGCAUCUCAGGCUAUGCUGCCAAUUCUAACAAGCAAAGGUUCUUUAAAUUGUUUAAAAAAUGAUUAAAAAUUCAUACUAUCCUAUUGAGGAUUGCCUAGAAAUAUGUUAAGAAUAUAGCCAACUGGAUUCUACAUUUUUGCUUAAUCGUAAGGUUGGGAAAUAUUAUGAAUGUGUGGAGCAAGGACUUUAAAUCUUAAGGAAUAAGAUUGACUAUACCAAACUAAAGGUUGAAAUGUUCUUUGCCUACACUCAUGAUAUUGAUAUUACAUUCUAGAUACAUAAUACUCUUUUGGAAUAAGCUACACAAUUUGAUAACCAGCUGAGACAAAUCGUAAAGAUUUGUAAAAAACAUUACAAGGAAGUAGAACACGAGAAAGAAGAGUAGAUAUGGUUUAUAGUCAUCGAUAUUUUCAUUGAGCUACUCUCUUUGGAAUCACUUAAAAAUAAGUUUUAUGUCAAGUCAUUUCUCAGAGAUAGAUUCUCAGUGUUUUCAGAGGCUCUUAUUCGAUCAAUACCUUUUUAGAGCUUUUUGAAUCACAUGCUAAAACAUAAUAGAAGACUUUAAUUCAAAGAUAUUGGGCACAUUAUUAUUAAGCAAUUUUCUGGGACAACAUCUGAAUAACAAGUGUUGAGAAAUUCUAACAACGCUAUUUACAAAGUUAACAGUGAGCUGUUCUAGAUAUUUUAACAGUCAAGAAGUCGUGGUAUACUAUUUAGACAAAGAAUUUGUAUUAUGUGCAAAAGAUACAUGGAUAGUUUUAUGCAUGGAGAGAACAGCACAGAUCUGGUAGAUUAGCAGUACUUGCUUGCCUCAAGAAACGAGGAGGAGUAGGAAGGAGAUAACCCAGAUACUUACUCUUAGCCUAUCAAGGUCUUUGCAUGCAAGCACACAUUCCAUUUAGCAUGCUUGGAGAGGCAUUUCUCACGUAAAAAGAAGAAUGAAAGUGAGAUAGCAUAUUAAAGGCGUAUUGAAAAGCUAAGAUGUCCCACUUGCAAUUUGAAGAGUUAUGAGAUUGAGAGCAAUAACGGGCCGAGAGCAUUGAGAAAAACCCCUAAGGGUGGUAUUAAUCCUCUUGAAAAUAGAUUUACUUUUACCAAUAGAAAGGAUAGUAUAAUCAAGAAAGAUAGAAAAGUUUCACAGAUGAGUGGAGCCAGUUCAGAGGAUGCCGCAGGUCAAGGCUCGGACAAGACUGAGUUGUGGGAGAAGGAAAGACUCAAGAGGAUUGCGAAGGAGCAGUCUGAUAAGCUUAGAAAGCUUGAGAAUAUGUAGAAACGUAUGGAGUACUACGAGCAGGUGUAUGAUCUUGAUGGACUUAAAAUCAAAGAUUUCAAGUAGUUCGAGAGUAUGGUUCAGGAGUGA